AUGACCGGUGAGCGGCUCGAGGAGGAGAUCAAGGAGUUGAAGGGUCUGCUGGCCACAGAGCGGCAGCAGCUCUCUGAGGAGUCCCAGCGGGAGAAGGCGAGGGCCCAGGACUUGGAUCAGCAGCUGGCGGAGAUCCGCAGCCAGGCUGUGACCCUCAAGGGCCAGCUGGACGCGGCGAACGUGGAGCUGGAGACCAAUCGCCUUGACUGGGAGCAGAAGCUGAGGGACUCGGGUACGGAGAAUGGGAAGCUGGAGCGGGAGAAGAAGGAGCUGCAGGAGGCGGCCCUCAAGGCGGAGCAGAAGUACCAAGAGGAGGUGAAGCUCCACGCCUCGGAUGCCAAGGAGCUGAGCAGCGCCCAGCAGCGACUGCUGGACCUCGAGAGGGGCUCUCAGCAGCUGAAGCUGCGGCAACAAGACUUGGUGUCGGAGGCGGAACAUGCCCGAGAGGAACGGGCCGAGGAGCUCAUCUCCCUUCGCCGCCGUAUGGAGCAAGCCGAGGAGCAUGCUCGCCGGCUGGCAGAGGAGAAUUCUCGCUACCGCGAACAGAUGGUGGACUUCGGCCGUGCAGUGGAGGGCGAUGCAGUGCGAGAGCAGGUGCUUGCAGAGAUGAAGAAGGCCCGAGAGAUCGGGGAGCUGGAAAGGCACCGCCUGGAGCUGCAGAAGACGCAGGCGGCGGAGGACGGCAAGGCGCUGCGCAGCGAGAACCAGCGGCUCCGGGAGCAGCUGGCGAAAGAGCAGCGAGAGAACUGGCGACUGCAGAAAGACUGCAAAUUGGAGCAGCAGUGGGGGAGCCAAG